CCGACGACGCUGUGAUCGCUUCUCCUGUGCUUUGAUACUUCUCCUUCGUGUCUCGUCGAUCACGUAACCAUGUGAUCGUCGCUCUCCUCGAUAUUCAUCCGACCAUGGAUGAUCCAUAAUAAUCGAGCGUAACGUCUCUUUGCUAUAUAUAAUACGUUUUAAUGGCUUACGAAAUCUAAAGUUUAGUAGCUUAGGAGAAAUGCAAUUUUAAAAAUAAAAUAGUUGUUCGUAAAAGAGUUUGAAAAACUUUCCAAUCAAACACGUGGAAAGGUUACAUCGAACGAUGAUUUUGUGCAUUGAAAGAAUAUGGAUGAUGUUUGUCGUCGUUUGCGCAAAAGAUGAACAGAACUUUUCCACGCUUGCUGUCACGUGUAUAACGUGAAACGGAAAUAAGAAACGGAAUAAAAGUGGUACGUUUUGCGCGUAUGAUUACGUCGGUGCGUGAUGUUAUUAUGUGAGACAAUGCGGUGGGGUGAUGGAUCGUGUGAUCUGUUGCGAUGCAAGUUUUUCGUUCUUUUGGUUCUCGUUGGCUGCAGCGAUGGAUACUUGAACAUUUUUAUCAGCCAGGCUCAGGUUAUGAAACUGUUGGGGCUCGAAGCUGAGUUAUACUACGUCAGGGAAGGAGUGGUUAAUACGUAUGCGAUGAAUUUCGUUGUGCCUGUGCCUGCAUACAUCGCGGAUCUCGAAUUCUCUUGGCAGAGUCUUGCCGGACAUUCAUUACCGUACUCGAUGGAAUUGGAUUACGACGUAGUCGGUGUUCCGGGCGGUGUUUCCGGAAUGAUGGCACUGCUUCCUCCCAGAGUGAACGUGUCGGCUAGGGGAGAGGUGCCAGUCACACUGCAAGUCUUUAGGAUCAGGCUACCGUGCUCGGGUCUCGUGAGUGCGCAAAUUCCUUUGGCUUUGAGGUUGAACGUCACAGCCCCACCUGGUACCAAAUACAACGAUACCAUUUUAGUAUUCAAGAGAAACAAGAUUUGUUUGAAAGGAGUGCAAGCACCUCCCAGAAACGAUUCGGUACGUUUGGAACCAGGACCUUUGGUGAAUGGUGCUGGAGCUCUUUAUAUCGCCGCAACAUGUGCGUGCGCCUUGAUAUUAGUCGUUGGAAGCGUAGCAAGCGCCUUGUACAUUCGCAACAGCAAGGCUCGCAUUCAAGAAUCCCAGAAAACACUGCCCUGCUGUAGCUAUUCGGCGGCAGACACCGGCGGCUUAGCCAGAAGUUCUGUGCUGGUUAGGGUCGACCCACGACCCGGAAGCGCGAAUUCCGGAAGUUACGCAACCAUUGCCGACCUAGAGCCACUCUAUGCGAGACCUUGCGGUUCCAGAGCGAGUUACUACGCUUCCAGCCAUGUGACGCAUCUGAGCCAGUCGACCGAUCCUUGCGAGAAGGCUAGGGCACUCGCGGUAUCGAGGUCUGCGCUCUACUGUCGCAAUCUCGUACAGGAGGGCACCUUCGGACGCGUCUACAAAGGUACCUUGGAAUUGGUUGGCCGUGAACAAGAAGUCAUCAUAAAGACAGUCACAGAAGUGGCAUCGGCUUAUCAAGCCUCUUUGCUGGUGGUCGAGGGCUCGCAGCUGGCAGGAUUAGUGCAUGCAAACAUAGCUUCGCUGGCCGCCGCCUGCCUGGAUAGUUCUUGUCCAUUAUUGGCAUACACGAGUUCGCCAGGCGAGUUAAAUCUGAAGUUGUACCUUACCGACGGAAACCAUCAUCCUGGGACCAGGGACUUGGUGCACGUUGGCGCGCAGGUUGCUAGAGCAGGGGCAUUCUUGCACGGCCGAGGGCUCCUGCACAGGGAUAUCGCUGCCAGAAACUGUUUGAUCGAGCCAAGCAGUCUUCGCGUGCGAUUAGCUGAUACGGCUUUGGCGCGAGAUCUCUUCCCUCAGGAUUACCAUUGUCUCGGUGAUAACGAGAACAGACCCAUUCGUUGGAUGGCCUUGGAGACUCUCCAGCACAAUCAGUAUAGCACGGCGACGGACGUGUGGUCGUUCGGAGUGUUCCUGUGGGAAUUGGCGACGAUGGGCCAGCAACCAUACGUCGAGGUGGAUCCUUUCGAAAUGAUGGCGUGUCUUCGAGAUGGUUAUCGACUGGCCCAACCGAGGCCAUGCCCGGACGAAUUUUUCGCCGUAAUGGCCGUCUGUUGGUUAGGCCUUUCCAGAGACCGGCCGACCAUGCCUCAACUUCUCGCCUAUCUACAAGACUUUCACGAUGCCCUGGGCGGCUUCGUUUAAAAUAUUUAUACUCGAACGUCUCACGGUGUUCCUUGAAACAGCGAAGCACUCUGGAAUGAUAUGUUCGGAUCACGUCGCGGAACCUUUCCGUCAACGUCCCUCGCGAGAGUUCUGAACGCAAGAAAGAGGAUUCAACGUGAGCGGGAAUCAAAACGAAGACUCAUCGAGAGAGAGACUCACGAUAAAGAUAGCUCGGCGACGAAUGACGAAUUUUUUGAAAGUAACCAACACCGCCCAGAAGGGCGUGGUUUUUCAUUAAAAAAAGGAAAGAAAAACCAGACUCGAAAGUGGAGAUGCAAUCGUAUGGAAUUGAAAAUCACUGCCCAUUUGCAAUCGUACAGAAUUGAAAAUCACUGCCCAUAUUAUUGAUUGUCAGCGACGGUACUCGACAUUCCCUCUGGCGCGUAUCGGCGGGCCACAUUGUUUUCGAAAUUCCGUUUGGAGAGCAGCCGGAGAAUCAAAACAGGUGAUGACGGUUGACCAAGACUGGGGUGCAUUUCCGCGGAUUAAAACGAUUCGAUUACGGAGAAACGAACGAAGUGCGGCCCGAUCGGCGAUGAAAAGAUCGAUGCGGAUAUAUCCGUCCAUAGCAGUUAAAAAAAGGAACUUGAGGCGUGACAGAUAGAUGCAACGCGACACAGAACGCAGCGCCUGUGAACUCGCAAUCACCGCUAUCCGUUGUGCGCGUUACAUCAUCGGUUCGCAGGCGCGCUUUCGCAACGUUCUCCUUGGUUUCUUUCUUUUCCAAAUUUUACAAUGUCGCUACUUUUCCGUAAUCUCGGAGCGCGUUAAAAAAAGAUUACAACCAUUUUCGCUCGCCCAACUUGGAAGGAAACGUUCCGUGAAACGUUAUGUGGUCUCGUCGAUUCGAGCACUGCGUCAAAAAUCUCUAUAAUCAAAAUUUUAUUCGAUCAAAAUGUGCGAAUCUACUACUUCGCAAGGUGGAAAAUAACCGGAUGACUAUUUUCUUAGACAUUUUCAAACGCUUUUAUUCCCGUCGAUGUUUGACUGUUCAGCUACGCGUGUAAAAUUCUUCUAACAAAUUUCAAAGCAAAGAGUACAAAGUCUUGCGUUCUUCUCAAGUGUCUUUUCGCAAAUACAUUCGCGAUAUCGACUAUGGUAUAAUAUCACGAUAUUGGAUUAGAUAAAAAUAUACUCUUCAUACGGAAUAAGAAAAACAGCUCUAGAGUUUUGACAAGUUAUAAACGAAGUUAUCCGCGCAUGUAUUGCUACUUUUGUGGUAUCGUUAACCUGAAAAAUAUUUGCUUGCAACGAUUUUAUAAAUAAUGCAUCGAGCUCGAAAAGGGGAAAGUUUGCAGCAAGAGGGGAGACAGAACACAGUCAAGAAUACAGUAUAUUGCCUCUUGCUAACGCAUUUUCCGGGAAAUUAUUCCGAUUAUUAAAACUUUCGCAAACGUGCGAACAUUUACAAAUAAUUUCACUCAGAUUCCUAAACACAACCUCGUAAACGUAAUUUCCCUCGAACGAAGUACGUAAUACGAAUAAUUUAGUAAACAUUGAAACUGAAACUCGGUAUCGCGAAUGUAUUUUCCGAAAAGCUCGAUGAUGCGACGAUCUAAGCGCAAAUAUGCGAAUGUCGUAUUGCGUAAAAAAGAUCGAGGCCUAUUACGCGGAGAGUUAUAAAACUAACGUUACAUGCAUUUUCGUAUGUAAUUUGAGAUUGUUUAUAUUGUCCGUUUAGACACGAAACGGUAUCAAGAUGAUUCUAUUUGGACAAGGACGUUUAGCGUUCCUCGAGCCUAAUAAGAGGCUCGAGAGGUUCGCGAUGCAUUGGUUGCGAAGUUUCAGCAUUAUCUUUGGUUGCAAUCGUCUUUAUAGAAAAAUUUAUCACAGAGAUUGUCAGUGCGAAUUUAUUACAAUGUAUCUACGUUAUGCUAUUAUCUGUUCUCGGUUGCAACAUUGAUUCUCGACGAAUGAGAAGAAGCGACUUACGAUCUACAGCGGGGCAUAUUUAAAAAAAUACUAAAAGCUCGUUAUAUUUAUAUAUUUCGAACAAAAAUCUAUCUCGUGCGUUUUCUUUAUCCUAUUGGAACGUUUUCUAAUCGCGAUUUAAUUCUAUGAAACGAUGUUUGUCCGAAAAUAGCAGGAUAUCGCUACCGUUCCCUGUCUCGAUGGAUAAGAUAAAACAAUCUGAGAACACGGAACCGUUGAUUUCGAUGAAUCUUUUCGAUUCCUUCGAAGAAGCGCUUGCAUCGUCCGAGUGCGCGGGAUCACGAUUAUAUUCGGAUGGUUAUUCGUCAAGUAUGGCGAUUGCGAAACUUUCGUAUAAUCGUAACCGGAACGACGGAGGGAGCAAAAGCAAAGCUCGGGACACAUAGGAAUCUAAUUGUCGUAUCUGACCUUCGAUAGGCAUAUACUGUUACGUAAAUGGGCGGUCGAACUAUACGUACUCGUAGUUAUGUACUUAUUAGCCACACCGCGCAAGUCACUUCAAAUAUCCACGUCUCGCGUCGGAUUGCACAAAUUAUGCAGCAUGUCAAACAAGUCGCAAUGUCGUGGUUUUCGCCGAGCAUUUAACCGUUUGCGGUCCGGCUUAUUCUUCCCACCAUUCGUUCAGUCUGUUCUAUUAUAUUAAUCGAAGCGGACACUUGUCACCGUUUGUCUCCGCAAUACUUUUCUCUAGUUUUAUCAUUUGACACGUGUGUGUUCCAACUUCGUGGCAAGUGUACCGUAAAUCUCGCGGUGAAAACAUCGUCGCGUUUAACAAACGGCAAGUUACGUUCGAAGACUCGUGUUUUACUACUCGAUUAAAUUUCCAGCCGAUCGAUGAAUCGAUAGGCGAUGCGCUGGUAAAUUCAAAUGGAAAAUCGCAAAGAAGACUAAUGUUUAACACGUUUAUGAUAUAAUUACGAAUCGUUCAUUGAACGAAACGCUCUGCGUAGAUCGAUCGCUGUCGAGUCCUAUUCUUCGAGCGUAAGAUAUUUCAACGGAAAUUAGUAGGAUAUUUUUAUUCGAAAAAGAUAUACGUAUAUCUUUAGAUACUAAAGAUACCAAACAUAUAUAUUUAAGGAUAAAAAGCUAUUUUCUAGUCUUUCCUAGUCUAAUUGUUUAAUAAUAUGUCAACCUUAGUCACGAGCUUAUCGAGAGGGACAUUUUAUUCCGAAAAUAUAUGUCGUUCGGCAUCGUUUCGAUAAUUUAACAUCGUCCGUUCAAUGUUCAAAAUCAACGAUCCACUUUUGUGCUUGACGUCUAGUCAUAAAAUAAUUUACGGUUAACGUUUAAUUUCUAAGUCGAAGAACAAGAGCGAAAAGAGAGAUAUUUGAUUCGCUGCGUAGGAAAGAGGAAAGCUGUUGUUGGGUUUUUUCGAAACUAUCGAAGCGACAGCGAUAAUUGCGGCGGAAAAUUCAUAAUAAGACGCGAGAUUACGUAACACACACGUUUAAAUGUACUCGAUGUGUAAAUGUCGCAUGUUCCUGACUACGACCAUUAACUUUAUCGCACUCUCUCUUUCUCGUCCCUUUCUCCCAGCCCCAUUUUUCGACUAUACCUCUUCGACGCAUUAUAAAAAGCUGAAUCUACCAUCUCACUUCGUAACUAUUGCCUACGAGCAUUUCACUACUACUAAUUAAUAUCACUAUUUAAAGUAACUAUUGCUCGCUACUAUUUAUUACGACGUCCUAAAGUCGAUUUAUUUUACGAAAUCGUCGUCACUAUGAUGUAUCCGGUAAUCGUAACUUCCUCGAUGUCUUAUUUUAUCAAUGGAGGAACAACAGGGUAGGCUAGCGCUGCACACUUUUUCGCUAUCUCUGUACAAUGAAAAGAAAGCCUCGUGUCUCCACGUGAAUGUUGUCCACCCUCUCUUUCUCUAAUUUCCACGAGGGUUCUCGAAGAGGAAAUCGGUGGAGCAGAAGGUCGAAACGCCCUCCUUUCGAUUCCGCCUCCCCCUGAACGCAACCAAAGACCUCAAUCAUGAGACAGUUCCAGUUACUGUAAAUAUAUCUCUAGCGAAUAAUAGUGGUGCGCCGAGUGAGUUGAUUUGUGCAGAUUCUAUUAUUUCCUACGACGAUUUACGGCAUUAUUUUUCAACGGAAAGUGAAAUAUACGUGUUAAAAAAAAUGCUAGUGCGUUGUUUAU